CUGCAGAAGCCUUUUAACCCGCGGGAGGGUUGGGUCGCGCCCCUCACCGUAGUGGGGCGGCGGGGCCGGCUUAGCGCGGGCGCGGCCAGUUCUGGGCUUGGUGAGGGGGGGCUCGCUGCCUCCCGCCUCCCGCCCGCUCCCUGCGCCGCCACUUCGGCGGCUCCUCCGAGCAGCGCCGCGGCUCCGCGCCGCCGAUGCGGGCGAUGUUGGCGGGCAGGCAGAGGCAGCGCAGCAGCGCGGGGGGCAGCUGAACUCCGGGGAAGGAUGACCAGCGCCGCUGCGAUCCUCUUCCUCCUGCAGCUCUUGCCCAAGGCGCACGGACAGGUUUUCGCAGGUGGUUGUUCGUUUGAUGAGCACUACAGUAAUUGUGGUUAUAGUGUGGCCUUGGGAACCAAUGGAUUUACCUGGGAGCAGAUCAAUACCUGGGAAAAGCCAACAAUGGAUCCUGCUGUCCCAACUGGACUCUAUAUGGAAAUGUAUUAUCAUCUGAAGUACACUGGAACCAUAGAGAAGUAAGUAGAGAAACAACAGUCUGGAAUGCAUGGUAAAAAUGCCAAACAAACCAAACCCCAAAGCACAAAUGUAAUUUUUAACAAGGCUUUCAGAAUUAUUUCUUCUAAAACUAGCUAGAGGUGUUUUUCCCCCUUAAUACAUCGCUUCAUGGUAUCUAGUAGCACUAAUAAAUGAUACAAAGAUCUUAGAGCAGCUGCAAAUUUAAUGAAGGCCAGACAACAAAUAAGAAACAGAGUU